AUGCAGACUUCGAGAGGUCCGUCUUCCCCUUCUUCUUUCUCUUCUUCUUUCCCUUCUUCCAGUGCUCCCAAUAAUCAUACUUUUCUUGUGCUCUGCGGUGCUCUCCAUUGCUGCCCCCAAGGCCGAAUUCGGACCGGAUUACCGGAAGUACAGGCGGUGCAGCGGGCAGGAUUUGAGCGCGAAGAACGAGGAGGACGUGCUGCGUUUGCACUGGCUGCUCAAAAAACAAAUCUUCUGCACGCACGUCAUCGGCGACAUUGUCAUCGCCAACUUGUGUGGGUUCCCGAUCAGACAAGUCCGGAAUGCUCCAAAUGUUGCAUUGCAGCUGAUGUUCCGUUUCCGACCAACGUGUACCAGCGCGUACGCACCGUCUGGGGCUCGAUCGUCAUCUGGAACAACUCGCACAUCGGCCAUGCUCCCAUCUACUUCCCGCGACUUCAUCUCGUCAAUUCGACGUUCCUUCCGCCGAUCGUCCUCCUUCAGAACAACGAUGUGAGAUUCGAGGUCGGCGACAAAUUCCAGAAGGCGAUCAGUUCGGCCGCAAACUUCACCUACGCCGUCCUUCUCAACACCAAUCCGAUUAUUGAUAUGGUAAGAAGUGGGCCAAGGGACUUGUCAUCCUAUCUUUUCUUUCGUGCAGGGACAAUACAACCUCAUGUGGCUGGCCGGAUAUCCGUCGGCCUCUUUCCUGACCGAUUCCCGUUUUUCUGCCGAAAUUUGCCUCGAGAAUCGUGAGUUGAGAAGACGAGCUCCAUCGACAAUUCUUGUCCAUUUUCAGUGUUUAAAUCGUUGGCUGGCGCCCUUGGAUUCCUAUUCGUCGCCCUCUCGGUUGCAUUUUCGACCGUCGCCUUCUACGAUCGAAAAGCGGUCUAG